AUGUUGAAUAAUUAUCAGUUGGUUAGUAUUAUCUUGGCUUCGGUGCUAGUAGUAUACUUAUUCAACUACAAACAGCAAAAGCCAAAGGCUAUCAAGCAAAAGCUUGAUAGCCGUACUGGGUUGGUUACCCCAAUUAAGGACUUUGAAUGGAAUCGUGCUGAACCCUUAAAGUCGCUACCUUUUAAAAAGGGUCCAUAUAAGUUGACUAUGGGGAUCAAGAGGCUUGAUUUGCAAGACUGGUUGUUGAUAGAGCCAGGGUAUCUCCAGCGUUUGACAGAUAAAAAAAAUAUUAUCAACAACAGCCAUCCCGAUUACCCACAAGGCAAGGAUUUGAGAGGCUCGACUUUUUUUGUGACUCAAGAGGCACAUAGUGCCAUUUGUGAGCUUUAUGAUAUAGUGAUGGAUUAUAUGUCAACAAAAUACCCCACUUGUUUUGAGAUAGAUGACAAGAGACUCAAUGUGAAAAACCUCAUUACGCAAAAAACAUAUCCUUUGCAUAGCAAGGCACUCAAUGAUCCAGUCGUUCUUCAGGAAUAUCUAGCAGAAACGAUAGAGGAAGACUUUAUCAUUUUGUUGAAAGACCCUAAAAGAGAAAAUGAAGAAAACGGUAAAGAGUAUUUCUUUAAAGCAGGCGUAUUUGCGUUUGCAGCGGGAUUCAAUCCAAAAGAAAGGUUCAAUAAACCAUUGACUUACAUCCAUCAUCCCGUGCCACAAUAUGAAACAAAGUUGAAAACAUCAAUGAACCGUUAUUUUUCAAGAAUGGUUCCUGGGCAGUUUAUAACUAGAUCAAAUUGGUCAAUACAAACUCAUAACAAACUCUAUACUGACGACUCAAAUAAGGGCCAUAACCUUCCAAAGGGCUAUACUCAGCACGCUAUCGAUUACAACAGCGUGGAUUUCAGCCAAGUUCACUAUAGAAGUGAACGACAGGUAUUGACCAAACUACCAAAAACGCAAGCCAUUGUCUUUACCAUUAGAACGUACCUUCUUCCCUUAGCUGAGAUCAAAAAGGAAAGUAGAGAAGUUAGAGAAAGAUUGAUCGGUGCAAUUGAAGGGUUUACCCCAGAUAUAUCCGCCUAUAAACGCGCUGAUGAAUGGGGCUCCGCAGUAUGCCAGUAUUUGAGAGAAUGA